UUCGAAUCACUAUAUCUGAAAUAAGAUGAAGUAUUGCUCAGUAUCAAAACAAGAUGGCAGCAUGGUCAUGGUCAGUUUGGAGUAAAAGACUCGGUAAACGAUUAAGCAGUGAUCAGAAAGCUUUUCUAAAGUUUGGAAUGCCUAUGGUGGUAUGUAGUCCUUUCAAUUUUAUAUAUACAUGAACCAUUUUGAAAAUAUUAAUGUACAUAGUAUUUUAAUAUCCCUGAAGUGCAAAAAAAUGCAAAUGACAAAGUUUUAAUAAUUAAAGAAGUAUGGUGCUGCAAACAAGUAAACUUCGAGUAUAAACUAUAAAACAUUUUGUUUGUAGCUUUUGGUUGUUCUUGGUUCAGUUGGUUUGUCUGAGUUCACAGAAAUUAAGAUGAAGAAACGUGAUGAAAAAGUCCGAAAGGUUUGUAGUAACUUUACCAGCACAGCAGCACUCUUCGCUUGCAAGAACUUAUUUCGCUGACCUCAGAAUGACAUUUUGCACAACUUAUUUUCAAGAUUCGUUUAGAAACAAACUUGGAGUAGGGUUAUUAGGUUAAGGUUUAAUAGAGUUGGUGUUUGGAAUAGGGUUAGUGUUAGUAUUAAAAACCGUUGCUAAUUUGUUGCGUUUUGUCACUCUGAGGCCAGUGAACUUUCUUUUCCCUUGAUGAGCAGAGUUAUAAAUAUGGCAUUAGACAGAGUAAAAUAAUAAAGUAGGGUGCAUUAGGGUUUAAUGCAUACAGGUUGGUUACUGGACACAUAGGCAGAUAGUCUAGUUAACCCAUUCAGUACUUACGCUCCCCUUGACAUAUUGAUGUAGGGGGUAUUGGCCAGGGCACAAUAUGCGACAUACUUAAUGGGUUAAUUUGUAGCUAAAUGUUAAUUCUUAUCCAUUUGUGUGCAAUGUCCAUUAAAGGCUUAUAACACGUUAAAAUGCAGACAGACAGAUUAACUACUUGAAUGCCAAAACUGCACUUUCAUCUUGAUGAGUAAAAUUGUCUGGUGUUAGACCGAGUAAAAUAGAAAACAUUCAGGUGUAAUGUUAUUAUGGUACUUAAAGGGUUAAUUAAAAUGCAUCAUCAAUGCUAUGAUCUUAGCAAAAAGAAACCCCAGGUAAGGUUGGUAUUGACUUGAUUAAUUAUUCUUUCAAUUAACAGCUGAAUUAUGAAGAAACUCAGAAGUUACAAGUGAAGAAAAAAGAAAAGCCAUUGACAUUGGAAGAGGCUUACAAAGUAUGUAUUGUCGAAUAUAAUGUAAAAGUAUUACCUAGCGGUAUGCAUUCAGGCCAGUUGUGAAAGGAUUUUAGGAAAUCUCAAGAUUUUCAAGAGCUUCAUGGCUAUAAGUAUUACUAAUACUGUAACUUCUAUGUCAUAUCAGGCCUAUAUACAGGUGUAGCUAUCUGUAUAUUCACUAAUGGAAGAAUAUUAGUUUAGAUCAGGGUUAAUCAUGCAUUGUGCCAUAAUGUACGUGCCCUAGCUACCUUAUUUUAUUCUGUCUAAUGCCAGACAAUUUUACUAAUCAAGGGAGGAGUACUGGUGCUCAAUGGGUUAACAAGACACGUUAAUGGCAGAUAUAAUUGGCCGGGUUACUCUCCUCUUGACAUUGUCAAGUAAAUUAAUUUAGUUCAGACAGCUAUAGGGUGAAAUAAUAGGGUGCAUGCAUUUGGGCAAGUUGCAGCUCAAUGGUUUAAUAGACUUAAAAUUUUGAAGAUAAUAUAUUGAACUCUGAUUGAACCUGCUGUUGUAGUGACUAUUUGUGAUGUUGGGGUUAACUAACUUUGCUCCCUUGUGUGCUUUGGGGAAUUGGGGGUUUCACUCUCAGUCCUCUUGUUUUAUUAAUCCUGGCUUAUAUGUUGUAGUGGAUGUGUGUAUCACGAGUCUCUGGCUGGCUAGGGUAUAAAUGCAUGCACUGAUUUAAUAAUAUUUCUUAUUACCUUAAUCAUUGAUUUUUGUAUGUUAGGAAGUUCAAAAUAUUGACAUUGGUGAUUGGGAAAACAAAAGAGUACCUAGACCUUGGUCUGAAGAUAAGUAAUAUCAUGACAAUCCAUGCAUCAAAAACAAAGUACUAGGUUCAUUGUACCUAGUACACAUCUAGUGGCAGAGCGCAAAUUAACGGUCUACAAAUGACAAGUAGUACAAAUUGAGUUUUUUGUAGGCUUGCAUUGGCAGCAUUGCGACAUAUAUAUUACUAUUGUUUGUGGAAACACCACAGAUCCGGGCUUAUACAGAUUGAAUGCUUUGGAGUAAUAAAUUUACGUGGUGUUUCCACAAACAAUAGUAUUAUACAUUAUAAAUGUAAAAAGCUGAUUUGUAGAUAAAAAAAAACUAGCGGCCCGCAGUUUCACAGAAACUUUUGUAGGCCUAUUUUUCGGUGAAUUUUAAAUACUGGAAAUUUCUUGCCAAAUGGUGUCAGAUAAAUGACCCAUAAAUUUCUUGGCAGCAAAACAAACAAAAGCUAGGCAGUCAAAAAUAACUUUUGAAACACAAAAACAAAACAAACUAAAAUUGCAUUAAGUUUUGACGUACCAUUUUUAAAAAUAAGCCCUUAAUAUCAUCUUCAAAUCCGGCAUUGACAUUGUGCAAACGUUGAAUUCAAUUUGAAACUAAAACUCCGAUCGAGGGAUGAAUAGAUGUACACCUUCAGGAUAAACAAAACAAAAUCACGUAAAACUAUGAAAAAAAUUACAAAAAUAUCUCUUGCACGUUUUACGAGUGAUUUGACUGUAUACAGUAGAUAGAUAAUUUAUUGAGAAAAUACUUUUGCAGCCAAUUUGACUGAAUUGCGUAUUUGCACUAUAAUACUUUUAGCACCAAUUUUUUCCUGCUACGAUGAUGCGCCAAAUUGCACGGUAUUUGCACCAAGUGAUUGAAUAAAGUCCAAUUUAUUAAACUCAAAUGUUGGAUUUUUUAACCUAGAAACCAUUAAUAUUAGUUAAUCAAGAUGGGAGAAAGCUAAAUUUUUUUGGCUUUUGCAAUUUUUUUCAGAAUUUUGUGACGUCAUAAGUGAAUGCAAUGUCUAAUAUUAUUUUUCAUAUAUUCAAUUUUAAUAGUGAUGGGUAUUCUCUAUUGAUCUCCUUUAGUACUAAAACAUUUACUGCC